GUUUUUGCUCCUCUGAAGACAAAAUGACUCCAGGUACCAUCGCAUGGGCAUGUUUCAUAUUUUGGACUGCAGGUGUAUGCAAGUGCGUCCUGAUCACUCAGUGGCCCAGAGAGAUCAUCAGCAACUCGAGGGCACAAAUGCACUGCUACCAGAACGACACCGAUUAUGAAUAUCUGUACUGGUACCGACAGCUUAGAGGAGGACAGAUUCAGCUCAUCGUGUAUUUGCUGGCUGGCAACCCGAACUAUGAGCCAGACUUUAAAUCCGGCUUCGAAGCAGAGCGCUCGCAGACAAAGCAGUGGUCUCUGACCGUCUCCAGCGUUCAGCAGAAAGACGAGGCCGUGUAUCUGUGUGCUGCCAAGUCUCUGUGCUCCUACGAACAAGCUUACUUUGGAGCUGGAACGAAACUCACCGUUUUAGCUGCUGGGGCAACAGCCACUGAACCAAAAACAGUGAAAAUCCUUCUGCCUUCACCCCAUGAGUGCAGAGACCAGAAGAAGGAGAAAGGGGAGAGGAGGAAGACCCUGGUGUGCCUGGCGUCUGGUUUCUACCCGGAUCAUGUCAGCGUGUUCUGGCAGCUCAACGGCCAGAACGUCACUGAUGGUGUGGCGACUGACGCCGCCGCCAAGAAGAAUGAAAGCUCAGGAACGUACUCCAUCACCAGCAGGCUGAGGCUGUGGGCCAAGACCUGGUUCAACCCUGGCAAUGAAUUCAGUUGUCACAUCACAUUCUUUAAUGGAACUAACUACAACAUCUACACAGCAUCCAUUUACACAAAUCAAACGGACAAAGGGAUGACACGAGAGAAAUACCUGAAAAUUACCCAGAACGCCAAACUCUCCUACAGCGCCCUGAUCGUGAAGAGCUGCCUCUACGCCGCCUUGGUCUGCUUUCUGGUCUGGAAGCUUCAGAGUUCACCCAGAAAACAGAAGUGAGCGCUGAACUGAUGCCUGAACAAAGUAACAAUCUUCAGGAGAAACUUUUUUUUCUUUCUGGUUUCUGUAAAUAAAAUCUCCAGAACACAGAACACAGUUUCUCUGUGUGUGUUUGUGCUUUAUGUGAUUUGAUCUGCUGCAUGAUUCAAUUCUAAAUACUGUGAUAGUCUGAAGAACUUUGGAAAAACGGAGAUGGUCAUGAUAUUGUCAACUUCCUAAAGUAAUGGUAAAAGUCUUUUUUCUUGGCCAUAAAUAAUCUCUUGGCAAAAAACCCACCACCUCUUUUGGACAAAAAAUGACUUUGGCCACAAUUUUACCACGGUGAUGAUAAAGUGCUCUGUAAAGAUUCCUCCACUUGAUGUUAAAAGAGCUGAAAAUCUACAUAACAUCUGCAUAUAUCCAUGUUAAACUGUAAAAGUGCUUACGUUUUAUAUCGCUGGUUUUUGUUUAAGCUUUUUUUUUUAUUUCACAACUUUCUCAAUAAAGAUGUAUAAACUGCAUAUUAGAA